AAUACCAGUUCCAUUUUCAUAACAAGUUUUAUUUUAGGAGCAGUACCUACAAAAUUUCACGUUUCAAAACUACGUGUUACUUUAAUAAGUGUUUAGUAUUAUCCUAUUAGGUUGUUUGAUUGUAAAAUGUACACCUUUAUUUAGAUUUUGGCAAUGGAGCGCUUCCCUCUUAAAGCAACAAAAAUGGCAGCUACGUAUCAAUCUGUCUAUAAAAAGGGUACUAGUCAGGGAAACGGUCACGGUGAUCCAAGCGGAGAGGAUGACAUGGUGAACAUUAAUACAGGGUCGCAGCGCGCGGCCGAUACACCUACUACACCCACUAGCCACGGUACCUUCCAGUUAUAUGAACAUGGCACGAGGUACAGCGACGCGAGUGCUACCUCAUACAUCGCUCAAUACUUCAGUUCGUCGUCCGGGGACGCCGUGAUGUUCUCUGGGCUGCCAGGUGAAGCUGAUGAUAUUCCUGGUAUCGGUCAGUAUGAAGAUUUCCACACAAUUGAUUGGCAAAGAGAUAUUGCCAGGGAUCGUAUGCGUCAUAGGUACAUAGUCAAAAAGAGGCAGGACUCCAUAUGGGAUCUUAUAAAAGGAGCACACGAUGCAUGGUCAGGAUGGGUGUGCGUUCUUCUAGUGGGUAUUUGCACUGGUGUGGUAGCGGGUGUGAUAGACAUUGGCGCAUCAUGGAUGACAGAUCUCAAGUUUGGCAUCUGUCCACAAGCCUUCUGGUUCAACAGGGAACAAUGCUGUUGGUCCAAUGAUGAAAUCACUUUUGAUCGUGAGAAUUGUUCAGAGUGGUUGACAUGGCCGCAAGUAUUUGGCGAAUCCAGGGAUGGUCCCGGCGCCUAUAUUAUCAGCUAUUUAUUCUACAUUGUGUGGGCGUUGACUUUUGCGGCUUUGUCAGCUUCACUUGUGCGUAUGUUCGCUCCCUACGCUUGUGGAUCUGGUAUACCUGAGAUCAAAACAAUCUUGAGCGGUUUCAUCAUUCGAGGAUACUUAGGCAAGUGGACGUUGAUCAUAAAGUCAGUUGGUUUGAUCCUCUCCGUCUCAUCGGGCUUAUCACUUGGCAAAGAAGGGCCUAUGGUUCAUAUUGCUUGUUGUUUGGGUAAUAUAUUAUCGUAUUUGUUCCCAAAGUACGGGCGCAAUGAAGCCAAGAAGCGUGAGAUUUUAUCAGCGGCUGCAGCCGCUGGAGUCUCUGUCGCGUUUGGAGCGCCAAUCGGUGGUGUACUUUUCAGUCUUGAAGAGGUGUCGUACUACUUCCCAUUGAAGACCCUUUGGCGGUCCUUCUUUUGUGCGUUGAUAGCGGCCUUUAUUCUCCGUUCUAUAAAUCCAUUUGGCAAUGAGCACUUGGUACUCUUCUAUGUGGAGUACAAUAAACCUUGGAAAUUCUUUGAGCUGAUUCCUUUUGUCGGUCUUGGUAUAAUCGGGGGUUGCAUAGCAACGAUAUUUAUCAAAGCGAACAUCUAUUGGUGUCGCUACCGUAAAUACUCGAAGUUGGGCCAGUACCCGGUCAUGGAGGUUUUGGUGAUCACCUUAGUAACUGCUAUAAUCGCGUAUCCCAAUCCUUACACCCGUAUGAACACCAGCCAGUUGAUUUACUUGCUUUUCAACCAAUGCGGCAUCUCCAACACUCCCAUAUGCGACUACAAGCGCAACUUUACCGACCUAAACACAAUAGAGAAUGCGGUGGCAGGUGACGGGGUGUAUCGGGCCAUGUGGCUCCUCACUCUGGCGCUGAUCCUCAAGCUAGUGAUGACAGUCUUCACUUUCGGCAUCAAGGUGCCUUGCGGUCUCUUCAUUCCGAGUCUCGCACUCGGUGCUAUUCCAGGAAGGAUCGUUGGAAUCGGUGUGGAACAGCUCGCGAACAAGUACCCAAAGAGUUGGUUGUUUUCUGGGGAGUGUUCGAGUGACGACGACUGCAUCACGCCUGGACUUUACGCUAUGGUCGGGGCCGCGGCUGUCCUCGGCGGUGUGACGAGGAUGACAGUUUCGUUGGUGGUGAUAAUGUUCGAACUGACGGGUGGCGUUCGGUAUAUCGUGCCCCUGAUGGCUGCCGCUAUGGCCUCGAAGUGGGUGGGUGAUGCCCUGGGCAAACAAGGGAUAUACGACGCCCACAUAGCCCUUAAUGGGUAUCCCUUCCUCGAUAGCAAAGACGAGUUCCAGCAUACGUCGCUCGCCGCUGAUGUCAUGCAACCAAAACGGAAUGAGACGCUGUCUGUAAUCACGCAGGAUUCGAUGACAGUGGAUGAUGUGGAAACUCUCCUAAAAGAGACGGAACACAACGGAUAUCCGGUGGUGGUGUCUAAGGAAUCUCAAUAUCUUGUCGGUUUCGUGCUUAGGAGAGACCUAAAUCUAGCGAUUGCGAACGCUCGUCGCACCAUAGAGGGUAUAACGGGUCAAUCCGUGGUGAUAUUCGCUGUUGGGGGCGGCCCCACCCUUGCGAGCCCCACCGGGCCGCCGCCUUUGCCCCUGGCCCGUAUCCUCGAUCUAGCCCCAAUCACGGUCACUGACCAAACACCAAUGGAGACCGUGGUGGAUAUGUUCCGUAAGCUCGGCCUCAGACAGACGCUCGUCACGCACAACGGGCGUUUACUAGGAGUCAUCACGAAAAAAGAUGUUUUAAGGCACGUGAAGCAAAUGGACAAUGAAGAUCCCAACUCGGUCCUUUUCAAUUAGACGAGUCCUCUUCCUGGCACCCGUGCUUUCUCCGUCUGUAUUCUGAAAAGAAACUUACAAAUCCAAUAAAAAAAAAAUGAAAAUAAAAAUUAUAAUCGAAUUAGUAGAUGAACCAACAUUUAUGUAGCGAUAUAUACGUGAAAUGUUUUAUCAUUAGUAUAUAAGGAUAAAUUGAUAUUAAAAUUUGAAUUUAAACAUCUGUUUUGAGAGUACGGAGGUGUGCGUGAGUAGAGCAUUAUUAUGUGUCACAAACACACACACAUGUUAAGGAGAAUGACACAGGUUUAGUGAGUUUUUAUUUAUUUAUAAAUUUUCACAAGUGUCGUUUUCCUGUCGCACGACCUCGUAUAAGAAACUAUAGGUUUGUAUGUGUAUAAUGAUUUUCAUAAUUUUUAUAUUAAAUGUUGAACGAUGUGCGCAUGAGUCGUGUGCUGUUAGCUUUCUUUGAAGCGUUGACGUGUAAUGAAAGCAGGGUUUGAAGAAUUUGAUCGGAAUGUUUAUACUGCGGUUUUUAAACAAGUGAUUUUAAUACUAAGGCACUGGCAACUAGGAUUUAGGAUAAACAUAUAACUAUUUAAUACUAAAAUUUAAUAACUAUUGUAUGUUGGCCAACUAUAUUAAGUCUAGUCCUGCUUUGCCUCAUUCAUUACACAAACAGACAAUUCAAGAGAUCAAUUUGAGUGUUAAUAUUUUUUUAUUUUCUUUUUGACACCGGCUUUAAAUGUUAAGGAAUAUUGAAAUCAAUCACUAUGUAUGUUCCAGUAUUUAUUUUUUGUAUAAAUUGGACCUAUUGUAUUAUGAAUUAAUAAAUAUGAAAUAAAAACUUAUUUGUUA